UGAUUUGCUGUAAAUAAGCUAAGCUGAGCUAAACCAGGCUAUCAUUGAUAACUUUGGGUUCAGGUAUUGGUUUGGGGGGAACUUCUCAUGACUUAUCAAAUGUACGCUCACAUGCAUGCAUGCAUCCCACGCGCACACACAUAUGCACGGGCGUGCAUAAUCAAUUUGUCAUGCAUAUUGGCUACUACAGGCACUUACCUCUUAUCUAUCUACCUACCUAGUCUCUUCUCUACUGUUUCCUUACUGCCCCCCUCAUCAUUUAUAUUCCAACUAACAUGCUAUGCUUGUGUUUGUCAGCACCUCUUUGCUUUUCCUCUUCUCAUUGCAUCCCCCCCUCUUGUUAUAUCUCAUCCCGAUGACUAUGUUCUCCCCUUGAAUGACUACUCCGAAAUCUCAUUAAUAUAUGCUAUUCCACCUACCUAACUGCCUAUUUGCUUGUUGGUUUGUCUGUUUGUCUAUGUGGUUGUUCACUACCUUUCACUAUGGAUUUGGGGCAUACCAGCCCA